GCAUCAGAAUGCCAGAAUUACGCAAGUCUUAACAACGCUAACAGAAAGAUUACGUACACUUCUUACCACGAUUAUUGUGACAGCAGUCUCGGACCUGGUUGGUUUCGUUUUGAGGGGUCCGCCGGUACAAGAAUGCCAACGUCAUGUCCACCUACAGACAGAUGUGGCACUGAUGCAACCGGCUGGUUGAAUGGUGGACACCCCACAGUAGCAGAUGGUCAGGUCAGCAGGACGGUGUGUUUUCACUGGAUUGGUAACUGCUGUCUCUGGUCAACAAACAUCAAUGUGAGAAAUUGUGGUGCAUAUUAUGUGUACUUUCUUAGUGGUACACCUGCUGGUUGUGAUCUCCGUUAUUGUGGCACUGACUAG